AGGGCCCACAUUUGGACCAUAGAAAUAAAUUAUCAUAAAUAUUAGCUUGAUAAUAUAAUAGUCAAUUUUCUUUUUGGAGGCUUCUCUGUGACCUCAGGAUUCAUAUCACUUACUCCAGUUCACAGAUUGUUGACGUUUUGACUCUUUAAAAGUUCUGUCUACCUAUAUUUUCAAGUAUUUGGAUUAGAAGUUUAGAACUUAGGAAUUAUCUUCAAAAGUACUUCCAUGAUAUCAUAAUUUUGUUAGGAUUUAUAUAUAGAGAAACAGUGACCAGAGUUGUGGUUUUAGACCAUGUCGAUGUCCAAAACUUCUGCUUUUGGGGAACUGGAGGGAGUUCUAGAUUGGUAUUAGAGCCCUUUGUUUUCUUGGUGAAUCUUGUGCCCUAACAGUUUGGUAUCAAUAGGCCAAGGACCGCAUCUGCAAGUUAGUCCAAAGUGGCGCUGACAGUGGUGCUCGACUUGUGCUGGAUGGAAGGGAGAUUGUGGUUCCUCAAUUUGAGGAUGGCAACUUUAUUGGUCCAACUGUGUUGGCUGAUGUUAAAAGUGAUAUGGAGUGUUACCAGGAGGAAAUUUUUGGUCCAGUUCUUCUCUUGAUGAAGGCAGAGAGCCUAGAUGAUGCCAUACAAAUUGUAAACAGAAACAAGUAUGGCAAUGGGGCUUCCAUCUUUACCACAUCUGGUGUCUCAGCAAGGAAAUUUCAGACGGACAUUGAAGCUGGCCAGGUGGGUAUCAACGUGCCGAUCCCGGUACCCCUGCCGUUCUUCUCCUUCACGGGUAGCAAAGCUUCCUUCGCCGGAGACUUGAAUUUCUACGGCAAGGCGGGCGUGCAGUUCUUCACCCAGAUCAAGACCAUCACGCAGCAGUGGAAGGAGUCGUCUCCCCAGCGCGUUUCUCUCUCCAUGCCCACCUCGCAGAAGUGAAGUCACCCGAGCUGACUCAUGUAUGUGGAAAUAAACCCAGGCAUUGAUGUGGAAUUUAAGCUUCACAGGAGUUGCCUUUCAUUAAGGGUAACUCUUGUGAUGUCUUUCAUUGUGCUGCCGGUAAUAAGAAAAUCCCAGAUUAGACGACCGAAUCACACGCACAGCAGAGCAUGUAUUUGUACAGGGACCAAAUUAAUGUGUACAUGCAAUGGCUCGA